GCUCGGUGAGGACGCGGGCUCGGGAAAGUCAGGGAUUCGGGCGCCCACUCUGAGGGGCUGGACGGUGGUAUCUCUUUCUCCGUUGGCGGUCCAGCGCGCAUGAGGGAAUCGAACCUCAGUUCCUCAACGGCCUCAGCAGUCGGGACGCACACACUCUGCGUCAUGGCGGGCUAAGGCCGAUGAUGAAUUCCGGUGCGCACGUCAGGGUUGCUGUGUCACUCGGCUCGCUGGGCGCGCCCCUUCCCGGCCGCCCUUCCGCACCGGCCUUCGGGCUCUUCCGGUCCCGACGCCUCUCACCUUCAAGGCCCUCUCCCGCUGCACGCCCGGCCUCUCAGACGGACUGAUCUUGGGCGGUGCUCGGGCACCGGGCGCCGGACCUCCUAGGGCCAUGGCGAGUGGCGCCGCCAGGUACCGGCUGAGCUGCUCGCUCCCGGGCCACGAGUUGGACGUGCGGGGCCUGGUAUGCUGCCUCUACCCACCGGGGGCUUUUGUGUCCGUGUCCCGAGACCGCACCACCCGCCUCUGGGUCCCAGACAGUCCUAACAGGGGCUUUACAGAAAUGCACUGUAUGAGCGGCCACUCCAAUUUUGUCUCUUGUGUAUGCAUCAUACCUUCAAGUGACAUGUACCCUCAUGGACUAAUCGCCACUGGAGGAAAUGACCACAAUAUUUGCAUUUUCUCACUGGAGAGUCCAGCACCACUUUAUGUACUAAAAGGUCACAAAAAUACUGUUUGUAGUCUUUCAUCUGGAAAAUUUGGGACAUUACUUAGUGGCUCAUGGGACACUACUGCUAAAGUCUGGCUGAAUGACAAAUGCAUGAUGACCUUACAGGGUCAUACAGCUGCAGUAUGGGCAGUAAAGAUAUUACCUGAGCAGGGCUUAAUGUUAACUGGAUCAGCAGACAAGACUAUUAAACUUUGGAAGGCUGGAAGGUGCGAGAGGACUUUUUCUGGGCAUGAAGACUGUGUAAGAGGCUUGGCAAUUUUGAGUGAAACAGAAUUUCUCUCCUGUGCAAAUGAUGCUAGUAUUAGAAGGUGGCAAAUCACUGGCGAGUGUCUUGAAGUAUUUUAUGGUCAUACAAAUUAUAUUUAUAGCAUAUCUGUCUUUCCAAAUUGUAAAGAUUUUGUGACAACAGCAGAAGACAGAUCUCUGAGAAUCUGGAAACAUGGGGAAUGUGCUCAAACAAUCCGACUUCCAGCUCAGUCUAUAUGGUGCUGCUGUGUGCUAGACAAUGGUGACAUUGUGGUUGGUGCGAGUGAUGGUAUUAUUAGAGUGUUUACAGAAUCAGAGGAUCGGACAGCAAGUGCUGAAGAAAUCAAGGCUUUUGAAAGAGAACUCUCUCAGGCAACCAUUGAUUCCAAAACUGGUGAUUUAGGGGACAUUAAUGCUGAGCAGCUUCCUGGGAGGGAACAUCUGAAUGAACCUGGUACUAGAGAAGGACAGACUCGCCUAAUCAGAGAUGGGGAGAAAGUCGAAGCCUAUCAGUGGAGUGUUAGUGAAGGGAGGUGGAUAAAAAUUGGUGAUGUUGUUGGCUCAUCUGGUGCUAAUCAGCAAACAUCUGGAAAAGUUUUAUAUGAAGGGAAAGAGUUUGAUUAUGUUUUCUCAAUUGAUGUCAACGAAGGUGGACCAUCAUAUAAACUGCCAUAUAACAUCACUGACGAUCCCUGGUUAACUGCAUACAACUUCUUGCAGAAGAAUGAUUUGAAUCCUAUGUUUUUGGAUCAGGUGGCUAAAUUUAUUAUUGAUAACACAAAAGGUCAAAUGUUGGGACUUGGGAAUCCCAGUUUUUCAGAUCCGUUUACAGGUGGUGGUCGGUAUGUUCCAGGCUCUUCAUCAGGAUCUUCUAACACACUGCCUGCAGCAGAUCCUUUUACAGGUGGUGGUCGGUAUGUACCCGGGUCUGCAAGUAUGGGAGCUACUAUAGCUGGAGUUGAUCCAUUUACAGGGAACAGUGCCUACCAAUCAGCUGCAUCUAAGACAGUGAAUAUUUAUUUUCCUAAAAAAGAGGCUGUCACUUUUGAACAAGCAAACCCUACACAAAUAUUAGGUAAACUGAAGGAACUUAAUGGAACUGCAUCGGAAGAGAAGAAGUUAACUGAGGAUGACUUGGUAUUUCUUGAAAAGAUACUGUCUCUAAUAUGUAAUAAUUCUUCAGAAAAACCCACAGCCCAACAACUUCAGAUUUUAUGGAAAGCUGUUAACUGGCCUGAAGAUAUUGUCUUUCCUGCACUUGACAUUCUUCGGUUAUCAAUUAAACAUCCCAGUGUGAAUGAGAACUUCUGCAAUGAAAAAGAAGGGGCUCGGUUCAGCAGCCAUCUCAUCAGUCUUCUGAACCCUAAAGGAAAGCCAGCAAACCAGCUGCUUGCUCUCAGGACUUUUUGCAAUUGUUUUGUUGGCCAGGCAGGACAAAAGCUCAUGAUGUCCCAGAGGGAAUCACUACUGUCCCAUGCAAUAGAACUGAAAUCAGGGAGCAAUAAGAACAUUCACAUUGCUCUGGCUACAUUAACCCUGAACUAUUCUGUUUGUUUUCAUAAAGACCAUAACAUUGAAGGGAAAGCUCAGUGCUUGUCAGUAAUUAGUACAGUCUUGGAAGUUGUACAAGACCUGGAAGCCACUUUUAGACUUCUUGUGGCUCUUGGGACACUUAUCAGUGAUGAUUCAAACGCUGUACAAUUAGCCAAAUCUUUAGGCGUUGAUUCUCAAAUAAAAAAGUAUGCCUCGGUAUCAGAACCAGCUAAAGUAAGUGAAUGCUGUAGACUUAUCCUAAAUUUACUGUAACAGUGGGCUUGGGGACUGAGAUUUUAAAUUGAUAAGUUUUUUUUUUUCUCACAUUUCACACGUCUGAUUACAGAUGAUGAAAAGAAUGCUGUGGAUUAAGUAAAAUUUCAGAUCUUGUAAAGUGGGGGCGGGGGAGGGGAAACAAAGGAGAAAUAAAAUUUUUGCACUGGUGAACUGUGAAAUUUUCCUGGGUAAUGGGGAUAGGUUUUUUAAUAGUUCAGAUAUAAAUUAAGAAUGAGCUAUGACCAACGGCAACACAACUACAGUGGUGUAGUUCCCUUACCUUAGCCAACUAGGAGAAGACAAGGGCUUUUAUUUAUGUAAUCUGCUUUACUACUUAUAUACCCCAGACUGUUACUUGUUGGUGGUUGUCUUUUAUUUAAUUUCUGCUCUACUCAUUUUCAUUGCUGGAUUCUUUCAACAGCACUGAUCGAUUUCAAGGUUUUGUUUUAGGACAACUACUUUAGAAUUUUUAAAAUUAAGUUUGUUAUAAAUUAUUCCAUAUAUUGAAAAGAUAUAACAUAAUUUCUUCAUUUAAGUCCUCUGUAAAUAGAAAGUUUGUUUGAUGGCUUAUUUUUAGUUGAAGUAAAAGCAAAUUACUAAGCUGUGUUAUGUGUAUCAGUUCAGACAGAUGAAGCCCCAAAUUGACUACAGGCUUAUGAUCCAGUUUCUUUUCCCCUUCACUAUUUGAGGUAACUUCAUUAUUCAUUCCAAUUUCGAUAUCUGAUUGUCUAUUUUUGGUCAUUUCCAUUAUAUCAAAGGGAAUUUAGAAUGUGUUGAAUAUUAUCAGGCAAUUGAGCGAGCAAGAAUACAUCAAACUGUUAUUUGCAAGUCCAGAGACUGUCAUGGGAAAUUAGUAUUUUUGAGCCUCUAACAUGGUCCCGGUAUAGUGCUAAACACUUGGAUAUUUAAUUCCCAAAUCCUGUUAAAUGUAGGGUGAUGUUAUCUCUAUUUUCAGAAGUAAAGAUAGUGGGAUGAAUCAUGAUGGAAAAAAGGAAAAGUACAAACCAUGCCAUACUUCCUAGAGAGGGAGGGGUCACAAAUUUGUCUGUGAACAUCCUAGCAACUAACACCAAGAAGGAACCAACCCAUUAAUUAUAUAAUUUGUUGUGUCUAAGAGAACCUUAAUUUCUUAAGAGAAGUGUAACUAUUCUUAAUCUAAAAUAGUGAGCAUCAUUCCCAACAUUUAUGAUAUUUAGAACCAUGAAUUUCCUGGCUUAAUGCCAAAUUGCAGUCUAAGAAGAACAUUUCCUCCCCAAUAGGAGAGGAAUGGUUUGAUUGUCUAGAUUAGUCCAAGGAAAAACUUUUGGAAUAUCAAAAGAGAAUGGGUAAAAUGUAAAUUGAGGGGAUAUGUAUUUUGCUAAGUAUUAAAUUGCAAUUUUCUGGUGUGUACCCAGACGUUAAAUAUUGUUUGCUGGUUCCAUUAGUUACCCGUGCUUUGCUUUUUGUUGAAUUGGGAUUUAGGGGGUUAAGUCAAAGUUAAAUGACUGCAUUAAGAGUGUAACUGGGUCAGCCUGGUUCAGUGCUUACAAUACAGUGCUUUCUUUUUAACAUGUCGUGUUUAGCAUGCAAUUGUAAGUACAAUUUAUCUGCACUAUUUUGAAAUACUAGGUACCUUUGAAUAAUGGUAGGAUGUAAAGUCUUCGUUAAGAAUAGGAGUUUACUCUUGAAUGUAAGGGGUGGCAAAUGGUAAACACUGUUUGCUUCCCAUUAGUGUGCAAGUGUUUUUAUAACCACUUUUACUAUACUGUUAUGUUUAUUGAAGAAAAAUUACAAGAUACAGUUUAGCAAAAAGGAAAAAAAUCCCACUUGAAAGAUAAGUGAUAAGUGGUGAUCUAAUUGUUUUAAAGAUUUUUUUAAGUUACUUAAAGUUACUUAAGUUACUUUUUUCCAUUCCCUUAUUAUUUUUUUCUGAAUAGAAAAAUGCACAUUCAUUGAAUAAAACACACACACAUUAAAUAAAAAUUGCCUAUAAUUCCACUACCCAGAGAGAAUCAUUCUUGACAUCUUGUGCCAUAUCAAUUGGUAUGUAAACAUGUUUUAUUUUUUAAAAAAGGAUUGUAUGAUACACAUUGUUCAAUAACCUGAUUUUUAAACUUGACAUAUAGUACACAUAUUUCCACCUUAAUAAAUACGUUAUAUCGAUGUGCC